AGCAAUCUGCGUCCAUUCACGGUGGGCUGUCGUCGCUUUUCGAUGUGUUGGUUCCUUUUCGUAAAUGUUUGAUAAAUACUUUAAGCCCCACGUCAACGACGUGUGCUGUAAACACAAGCAGGACGUGUUUGUGUGGGCUUUUCAAACUCAGUCGAGCGGAGAGGGAUCCGGGAUGUGCGUGUUUUACCUCCGACUUUCAGUUUCAAGCCGGUAGUACAAAUUCAAUUUGAAAAAAAAAAAAAAACAAAAACAACACACACCAGAGAAUGACCUUUGCAUUUCUUCAGAAGCGUGGCUGCUGGUUAUAAAAGGCGGGUUCUUUCCAUGAAGUCACUAUGAGUCCUUUGGGUCACCAUGAAGGCAGCAAUACUACAUCCUUCUCUUCUGCUUCUCCUCCUCACCUCACUGACAGGUGUGUGUCCCCGGAGACCCAAAGAGAAGUAUGUCAGGGCAGGUGAGAUGGUGGCUCUGCAGUGCCCUGGUUACAGAGGGUACGAUCACCUUGAUGGCAGACUGAUCUGGACCAGUCACACCAGCCAGGAGAUGGAUCUGACCGGUGACAUGUCAUCAGCGCAGCAGAGAGAGACGGGCGUUCUGGUUCAUGGAAGGAGUCUCGUGAUUCUCAAUGCCUCUGUAAACCAUCAGGGGAAUUACUCGUGCUCUCAGGGGAAUACCAGCAGAAAGUACUGGUUCAAGCUGAUGGUAUAUACAACACAGACCAGAGAGUAUGAAGAGAUGACAACGCACCCAGUGACGUGUUACACACUAGAGUCCUGCACAUUGACAUGUCCUGAUGUAAAUUUACCUGCUGAAAACAUCCCGAAUAUUACCACCAACGGCACUAUAUGGCACAAGGAAGGAGAGUCAUCCCUAACAGCCAGUUACUUCUCGAGUGUGGAGGAGAAUGAUGGAGGUGUCUACACCUGUACCAGAUCUUACCUGUAUCAUGGUCAGAUAUACAACAUGACCUCCACGGUGAAGCUUGAAGUCCAGCCAAAGAAAAAAUCUAAGAAACUUGCAGAGAUCAUUUCACCGCGCAUGAGUGAGGUGUUUCCUGUAGAUCUCGGCUCAACAGUGGUGAUUGACUGUCAAGCUGUCGUGUACUCAGAGUUUGAUGAGGUGUUCUGGUUAAUGGACGAUGCAUUUGUGAAGAGGGACAACAGUUCACCAGUUUUCUACAAAUUCAACAAUGAACAUAAUGCUGAAGAGACGAAGCUGACGGCAUCGCUGGUGUUCAAUAAAGUGUCAGAAGAGGAUCUAGCGAAGACUUACAGCUGUAAACUGGAAUCCGAAUCUGGACCCUCAAGCUUUGUCUCCAUCACUUUGGCCAAAAAAUCUUCUUCUCUCUCCCUCCCUCUGGCUCUCAGCAUUGUGAUCAUUGUGAUGGUGAUUGUUCUAACAGUGGUUGGUUGUGUGAAGUUCAAAAUGGGCAAUGCUCUUCCCCUGCAAGACGCUCUUGCCUCCUAUAGCAGCUUCUCAGAUGGGAAGAGCUACGACGCCUUUUUGAUGAGUUACGAGAGCGUAACAGACGCAGGACUAAAUGAAGAUGACAGAAAAUGGUUGGAGAGAGUUUUGGAAGACACAUUUGGUUACAGUCUCUGUCGUGACAUCUCACCGGGGAAAGCCGUAGAGGAGGCUGUGUUAGACUGCGUACAGCGGAGUCGGAUGGUGGUUCUGGUUCCCACCUCUUCAGAUCCUGGUCCAGGAGCUGGAAUGCUGAAGAAAAUCCACGCAGCCUUCGUGAAGCAACAGACUGGUUUGGUUUUUAUCAAAACUGAGGCCACAGAGGCAAGAUCAGGUUCAUUAUCCGAGGCCUUGCUGCUUUUCGACAAGACUGGAAACUGUGUCACCUGGAGAGGCAAAAGUUCCAUGUCGCCCUGCUCCUCCUUCUGGAGGGAUCUGCGGCGUUACCUGCCUGCCCCACAGCAUCCAGAUAAAUCGAUGCUGUUAUCUCAGACAGCUACCCAGGAGGAUAACUGUUAAAAUAUUAAGCAAUGCCACGACAAAUACAUCAGUGUUUUUUAGUAAGCAACUGUAAUUGUGUGUACUGAAUACACUGUGUUUAAGCUCACACUGCAAUAUGACUGACAGCUUUGAAACUGUUUAUAUCAGAUAAUUAUUAUUUAACCUAGAGAUAUAACACGUGACAUGUACAUUUCUGCAUUAUUGUUAUAUAUUUUGAUUAGUUAUGUACUUACAUUAUCCCAACUGUUUCCAACCGGUUGAGGAAGAGAGUUGGCAAACAAGACCAAAUGUAACAUGAAUAAAACUUUAAAGAGUGAGGUCACGCAUUGAAUUCAGGUCAACAUCCCACCAUAUUCAGCGCCCACCAGAGAAUCCACUUCCUUACUUUCCCCCUCUGCUCUCUUUGACGUUACGUUCAUGAAAUAAAGUACAUUCCUUCACAGCUGCUGUCGGCAGACAAUAUUACACCACAUAAAGUAGUAGUAGACACUGGGACUACUCUUUCCACUAUAUUGAUGCUCUCUAUCCCUUCAUGAUCUAUUUCCUUUAAAACUCAAUCUAAUAUUGAGUUUUAAUUUUCAACCGUAAAAAGUGUAUUGGUGUGUAUGCUGAUCGCCAGCACUGCAUAUCUUCCAAAUUGCCCCACUCUGCCCACAUCAGGUCAGCUUUUGGAUUGGUCAGAUUGGUUGAACAUAUCUCAUUCAGCAAAUAGGCCUUAUUUGACUGCAGAUAUU